AUGGCGUGCGAUACUACGGCCAAAAUAAAUGGCAAAGUGGUUGUGGUGACUGGUGGAAGUUCAGGGAUGGGCUUUGAAGCUGCUAAGAAUCUAGCAAGCCGAGGUGCAAGAGUCAUUAUAGUCAGCAGAAACGAAACCAAACUCAAAGCAGCUCAAGAUCAAAUCAUAGAGGCAACCGGUAACCAAAAUGUUGCAUACAAAACUGUAGACUUAGGUUCUCUUACAUCAGUGAGGAACUUAGCAAAUGAAUUGAAUAAUGAAGCUCAAAUAAAUGUGUUGAUUAACAACGCAGGAGCAGCAGGACUUCCAGACAUAUUGACCUCUGAUAACUUGAAUCUUAAUAUGCAAGUAAAUUACUUUGGAACUUUCUUGCUUACCUUUCUGUUGGUGCCUAAGUUAAAAGCAUCAGCUCCGAGUAGAAUUAUAAAUGGUAUUGGAGGAGCAAUGUAUUUUGGUGAAAUAAAUUUUGAUCACUGGAAUGACAUUGGACGAUAUAACACACUAACAGCGUUAGGAUCUUCUGAAUUGGCAAUUAAUUUGUUUAAUACGGAGCUGGAUAUAAGGUUGAAGCAUAAUGGAGUAACCGCUAAUGCUUAUGAUCCAUAUGUGGUACGAGACACUGGUAUUCUGGAUAAUCUUCCGAGGAUUGUUAAGACGAUUUCAAGAUUCUUUAUAAACAGAAUUGGACAGAGCAAGGAAGAAGCUGGUCGUGAAAUAGCAUAUUUAGCGGCUGCGCCGGAGUUGGAAAGUGCCAGUGGAAAUUUGUACAAAUUCUGUCGUGAGCACAAAAAUCAUUGGUUGGUCAAUGAUAAAGAGUUGACGAAACGUUUGUGGGAAGAGUCGAAGAAGGCUGUGAAGAUACAAGAGAAUGAAGACUGGGAAGUCAGUGAUAAUGUCUAA